UCCACACGUACACUCUCUGUCUCUCUCUCUCUCUCUCGCUCGUGCAUCGAUCGCUCAUCUCUGGUUUAUAUAUAUAUAUAUAAAUAUACUUCUCUUAGAUUUUCGAAGGAUCAUCUAAUUCUUUGUUUCCAUAUAUAAUUCGCUCAUGGAGUUUCAGAGACAUAUCUCCCUCUUUAUUGUUCUAUUUUCUUGUUUUCUAUAUUUAUCCGAAGCUUACAAAUUCUACGUUGGCGGAAAAGAUGGGUGGGUCUUGUACCCCUCCGAGAGCUACAGCCAGUGGGCUGGGAAAAACAGAUUCAAAGUCAAUGAUAAUCUUGUCUUUAAGUAUAAGAAGGGAACGGACUCUGUGCUUGUUGUGAACAAAGACGAUUACGACAAAUGUAACACAAAAAACCCCAUCAAGAAAUUGGAGGACGGUGAUUCUGAGUUCAACUUGGAUAGGUCCGGACCAUUCUUUUUCAUCAGUGGGAAAGGGCAAAACUGUGAGAAGGGGCAGAAACUGACUGUUACUGUUUUGUCGGUAAAACACACCAAGAAAAACCCUCCUCCUUCGUCUCCUCCUGCAAACUCACAUGGACCAGCCAUGUCCCCGGGGUCACCGUCACCUGGUUCCAGUGCUCCGAAGAAAUCACCAGUAUCGGCUCCAUAUCCUACUCCUAAAGCCCCAGCCCCUGGUACUCCGACCCCGGAAUCUCCUAAAGCACCCACUUUGGCACCGGCUCUGGCGCCUAAAUACCCAGCUGGACCAGCCUUGGCACCAAAGUCGUCAUCAACCCCUAUGCCAAACGCUCCGGAAACACCACCAGUAUCAGCUCCAUGGUCUUAUCAUGGGCCUGUGCCAGCGGUAUCGCCACCAUCGAUCUCAAUUCCUCCAGAAGCAUACGCUCCAACUACGCCAGUAUUAGCUCCAGGGUCUUAUGGGCCUGUGCCAGCAGUAUCGCCACCAUCGAUGUCAAUUUCUCCAGAAGCAUACGCUCCAACUACGCCAGCAGUGUCGCCAUCCUUGGCACCUUCUCCAGAAGCCAACACUCCAGGUAUGGCACCAUCUUCAACAUCUCCAGCUUCAACACCUGAGUCAACCCCGCCGCCAUCGAUGGAACCGACAACUUCUACACCGGAGGGGGCUGUUACCCCCCCAUCUGGGAGCCAAGUCGCACCGACGUCGCCACGGUCAUUUGCAUGCGCUGUAACAGCUCCUACGAUUACUAAUGUGUUAGCAGGUACCGUUACACUCGCGCUGAGUAUGGCUCUGAUGGGCGCUUUGGGUGCUGUUUAGAAAAGCCCCUAAAAAAUAAAAUUAUGUCUAAUGGUGUAAUAAUUUUUCUUUAUUCUAGUUUGAUUUGUUCAUUUUCAGUUUAUUCGAAUUUUGAAUUUUCGUAGAGAAACUUUAUCAGUUCUUAAUUUUUUA